ACAGAAACACUGAGGUAGGUGCGGACUGCAUUGAUAGUUAAUCUAUGCGUUGUGUUAUUUUCAUAUUUAACUUUAUAGAGUCCAUAUCCAUCAACAACAAUAUGUAGUUAUUUAUCUACAUCCAUCUAGGCUAUUUGUUUACGUUGAGAAAAGUAUUUUUAACACGGAGGAUUCCCCACACUUCCAUUCGGACUACCUCAAAUUUAUUUGUCUUAUACGGGGUUAAGGAAUCAGACCUUUACAUGGAUGUUAUUUCUUACUUUAAAGGAUAUUUAGGGGCAUUGUUCCAUACUUUCGGCAUCAUAUUUUCAAGUUGGAUCCGACCUUCAUGCUGGUUUUCAUGGAGACCUACCUCAAUGGCUAAGCUUGCACAAGCUGAAAGAAGAAUUCUGCAAGCAUUUUUAAGGAAAACACAUGAUACAAAGUAUGUAACAUUACCAAAAGCUCAACAUAGAUUGUGGACACUGUCAAUAGACCACAAAGACAAUGAGACCAUUAAGGGAAAGGUCCCGCUAGUGUUGGUGCACGGAAUGGGCGGAGGGGUUGGAUUGUGGGCACAAAACUUAGGUCCUCUCAGUGAAAACAGGCCACUGUAUGCUUUUGAUGUGUUGGGAUUUGGACGAAGCUCAAGACCCAACUUUAACUCAAAACCAGAAAUAGCUGAACAGGAGUUUGUAGAGUCCAUUGAAGAAUGGCGGAAGCAGAUGAACAUAGAGAAAAUGAUUUUAUUAGGGCAUAGUUUAGGAGCAUAUAUCUCAAGUUCAUAUAGUCUGCAAUACCCAGACCGUGUGAAACACCUGGUGCUUGUGGAUGCAUGGGGAUUUCCAGAGAAACCCCCUGGUGACCAGCAAAGACAGAUACCAUUGUGGAUUAAGGCUAUAGCCACAGUGAUCAAACCCUUCAAUCCACUAGCAGUACUUCGUGUUGCAGGACCUUUAGGUCCAGGACUAGUGAGAAGAUUUAGACCGGACUUACAAGACAAGUUUGCAGACACCUUGGAAGAUGAUACAAUAUUUGACUAUAUAUACCACUGCAAUGCUCAGACUCCAAGUGGUGAAACAGCCUUCAAAACCCUGAAUACUUCAUUUGGAUGGGCGAAAAACCCCAUGAUUCACCGUCUGCCAGAUCUGAGGAAGGAUGUACCGCUCACUCUGGUGUAUGGGUCCAAGUCCUGGGUAGACAAUGCCACUGGCUACCACAUCAAGUACUUGAGGAAUGAGAGCUUUGUGGAUGUGGCAGUUGUUCGUGGAGCUGGGCAUCAUGUAUAUGCAGACAAACCAGACCCAUUUAACAAACUGGUUCAGCGGAUUUGUGAUGCUGUGGACAAUGACACAAACCCCAAACCUCUGAAAUUCCGAGAAAGCUUCAGAACUUCGAGUGAGUCGUCAACGCACACCUCAAAGACAAUAUCAGAAUCAAAGAGUUCAAAAAGUUUAGUAGUGGAGGAAACACCAGACAAUGAAGAUAAAGAAAAUAUACCCACUCAAGUUUUAUAGUAGUGGAUGGUGCUGAACCUGGCAUACAUGACAUUUUUAUUUAUGAAGGAUAUUGUUUAAUUUUUAUUUUGCUAUUUGUUGUUUUAAAAAUGAAGAAUUAUUUUUCAAAUAUGCCUUUUAAACAAAAUGCUUUUAACUUAAUUUGAAAAUUUUUAAUUGAAUAUCAAAAGCAAGUUGGAGCAGAUUUCAUUUUUACUUGGUUUACCUAAUGCUAGAUUUCUACAUGUAUGUUUUUACUGUAUAAGAGAAUUUUUAGCGAGGAUCUAACUUUAGCAUUAUUAGCGAGGGUGUUGAGAUCACUAAAAUUGAAUAUUUCUAACAAUUUAUUCCAUAUUGGAGGUAAUAGUUUUCUUUUUUGGAAUAAGAAAGUCGCUAAAAUUAGCUCUCACUAAAUAUUUAUAGCCAUUUUUAUGGAAAAAUCACUAAAUUUGUGUCUCUCAAAAUUCCACUCAUACAAUAUUUCAUUUGAGCCAGUGAACAAAUUUUGUUAAAAGUAAACACUCUUUAGUUUAGGUUGUAGCUAGUCAGGAAUUGGAAUGGAUAGCCUAGACAGAAGAAGGAGACAGAGUUAUGUAUUUUGUUGUUUAUUUUUUUGACAUCUAUUGUGUUUAAUAUUAAUGUGCAGCAGUUUAUACUUGUUAGCAUGUUAUGAAACAUAAGUCUUCAUACCUUUGUGUAUUAUCAUAAACACAAUAAAUGUAAAAAUAAAGAUAUUGAAUAGUAAACAUUUCACAUUUACUUUUACAUUAAUUUUAGAUGUGAUUUUUUGAAGAUAUCGGACAGUGUAAUAUCCCAAUUUGUAGAACUUUCUGUGAAUGUCAGACAAGUUGGAACAGCCAUGAAAUAGCCAUGGAUGCUACCUUCAAUUUAAUUGGUUGGAUUGUUAUUGUAACGUUAAUAUAAUUGUGUUGUGUGGCAUUGUGAUGUCUUUGUGUAGUGAACCACAGCAUGUUUUAGGAUUUUCAUACAAGUAAAAUCAUGUUGGCAUGUGAAUAUUCUUUUAUAUAUUAUGGAGGAAUUUGAGUGACAAGAAUUUGAUUAUUUUGAUAUAGUACAUUUAUUCCUGGAAUAUACAUCUUUUCAAAAACAUUAGUGAUUUGAAGCUGGGUCUCCAGAUUGGUCACAGUAAUUUGUAUAUAUUGGUAAAAAUAUAUAUAUAUAUAUAUAUAUUAUUACUAAAGUAACUUGAUCCAAAGUGUCGGAUCAUGUCAAGUUGACAGGCACUUAUCAUUAAAUCAAACAAGAGUUCAAUCUGAUGAUCCGUACCUGUCAAUGAGACAUAAUCCAAUUCUCCGGAUCACGUUACUGUAGUAAUGAGGAAUUUAUAAUGUACCUCCUUAUGAAAUUUCAAAUCUACGUUUAUAGAUAAUAAAUGCAUUCCAAAUUAUCAAAAACACAAACAUAGAGUGAAAUUAUUUUUGUGUGUGUGCAGUAUUGCUUGUGACGCGGUCAAUAUUUUCCACAAAAUAUGUUGCAUUGUGAUGUCAUCAGUCUCAGAGAGGCAUGAUGUGGAUUCUGAAAACCAGUGCGGUGAUCUGAAAUGUCUGAUCACCCUCUGUGAAUUUUUACUGCAUGAAAACAAGGAUUGUGGAGUGGUUUAUAGUAAGUACAUAUACCGUAUGUAGCCCAAUAUUGCAGGUCGUGGUUGCUUUGGUAUAGAUUUGCACUACAUCAAUACGAUGUAUUGUUAAAUGUUUUACAUCGAUCAUUAAUUAGUGCACUGGACCAUUGAUUACAUGCUGCUGAUAUGAGUACAUGGUCAUGAGUCACUAGAGUUGUACAUUGUUGAUUUCUUUAGGACUAAGGUUACACUGUGUGUGUACAAUGUUAGGAGUUAUUAAGAAGUUUAGCACGAUGUUAUUGUUGAAUGUCUUAGAAAGUGAGAAAUCCAAUAUUAUUUAGAUAUUGAAUAGUUAUAGUAUCUAUGAAUGACAUCAUAAUUGUAAGAUUUUCGUGCAUUUCUAACAACACUUUUAUCUACAGAAAAUAUAGUCCAAAUGUAUUGCUCAACUUGAUUCAUAUUUUUGAUUAAUUUGAUCAUGGUCAAGGUUAGCUGCAAUAAAAACAAAAUCUGAGAGGGCUACAUUAUUGCAGCUAGGUCAAGGUAGCCAAGUGGUAAGGGUGCUCUUUCACAACUGGGAGUCCCAGGGUCCAUGCUUGAUCCCAGAACUUCAUCAAACCUAAGACUAAACAUUAAUCAUGGGUAGUGACUGUUCCUUCUCUUAGCGUCCAGCAUUACAAGUUAAAAGAGAGAGAGAAACUAUAUUUUGAUACAUUGUUAUGAUAUUUGUAUGUUUUAACAUGUAUUUAAUGUACAUUUGAUUAGUGUCCAAACUAACAUUAACAAUUCAAUUUCUUACAGAAAGACUGCAUUAUAUACCAUCCUUCUUUGAUGAAGAGAAUUUUUCUUACAAUAAUGUAGAGAUUAUUUUUGCUUUAGAGAAUAUGCAGCAGACUUUCUUAAUAUUAUAAUAUUCUUUUCAUUUUAUUUGUAACUGAAUGCAUCUUUGCUUUCAAUGACCAAGAAGUGCCUCUUCUGUAUAAGAAAUACAAAUGUAGUAGAAAUUUAGUAAAAAUGUAUUUUCUCCAUGACAAAGCAUGAGUUUAUUAAUGUAUUUUGUUCACUGCUAUAGUUUUGUUACACCAAAUAAAUUGUGAAAACCUA